AUGAGCAACCCUGGCCCACAGAUCACCCGGCAGGAGGUGCGGGAUAUUUCUUCUUCCCAAGGCCCGGGGUCUCCUGCCAGUCUUGAUGGAAAACCCUUCAAACUGCUAGGGUUCCUCGAUGUUAAAAACGUCCCCUGUGCACGAGAAUCUAUACUCUAUGGCUCAGUGGGAUCUUUCGUUGUAGGACUUGGACAUUUUAUAGCAACAAGUAGAGUUAGAAGAUCUUGUGACUUUGCAGUUGGUGGCUUCAUUUGCACAAUGUUAGGAUACUGGUUUUAUUGCAGGUACAAUUAUGCCCAACGCAAGAUCCGGCAAAGAAUGAUUAGAGAAGGAAUGAAAAACAAACUUUUAUUUGAAGGCACUGCUCUUGAUCCAGACAGAAAACAAACUGGCAAUGAAAGAAGCAAUUCAUAGUCUGCUAUGGAGGGGUCUGUGGCCCAGUACAGCUUUGGGGGAAGGUGGUCCGAAAUGGGCAGUCUUCCCUGUAAAUGUGGGAGGUGACCAAGUCUGAUAAAUCAUGCUGGUUUUCCUAGCAAAUUCAAGUAAGAAACUCAUAAUGAAUCCGUUAAAUCAGUAUACAAGCCUUUCUUUGUUUCCUGUAUGUAUAUAUGACUAUGUACACAGUUAGGAAUGACCUCCUUGGUUUUGGUCUGUUAAACAUUUGGGAACUGAUACGUUUUGUUGCAAGCUCCCAGGAUUAAUGACAGUGAUUUUUGGACUACUUCAAUUUUUAUUA